AUGGGUUCCCAAAUAUGUACUAGAUUCAUUCACGAAUCAGAAAAUUUAAUGGGUGUGUGCAAUAAAUUUUCAAGUCUAGGUUGUGAUGAUUUGACUGAAUCUCUUUUAGAGGCAAAACUGCAAACACUAGAAGAGGAUUGGCAGUCGCUACGCCGUGCUUAUGAAGGCGUAUAUAUGGCUGAUGACGGAAUCUUCAGCCCAGAUUAUAAAGCGAAUGCUAAAUCCACUUAUGAAGAAUGUUGGGAUAGGUAUCAAGAGACCAAACCUGAGCUGAUAGAUUUUAUAAAAAUGUCCAAAGCUUCCGCUGAAAAUAAUCAAAGAGACAAUGGUCCUUCUCAUUCCUCAGCAUUUGAUCCAUCUAGUUACCAUCCACUGAACAUGACUUAUGAAGCGCCAGAUAUGGGUGUCAACGUUCCACCAUGCGAUGCACCUGACUUUCAUGGCUCCUAUGAAGAGUGGCCUUCAUUUAGAGACAUGUUCAGUACUGUUUACAUCAGUAAAAUAAGAAUGCCAGACGUACAAAAGUUAUUGUACUUAAGAAGAAAGGCAAAAGGUGAAGCAAGUUCUAUUGUAAAUAAAUAUCCAUUGACCGAUGAAAGUUUUUCGUUAGCAUGGGGUGCUUUACGAGCAUGCUACGAAAACAAAAGGGUUCUUGUAGAUAUACAAUUGAAGGCUCUAUUCAAUAUUCCACCUGCCAAAACUGAAUCCGCUGAAGCGAUUAAUAAAAUACAAACAACAAUAACUGAUUGUCUGGCAAUGUUGUCAUCUCAUGGCGUACAGGUAGAAAACUGGGAUCCAAUUCUCGUUUACCUUUGUUCGACAAAACUACCAAGUGAGACCCUCGCUCUUUUGGAACAAUCUCAAACGACGAAUUCGAUAUUGCCAUCAUGGUCUCAAAUGGAGCAAUUUCUAAUAAAAAGGCACAGAGUAGUAGAAAGAGUAGUAGGAAUACUUAAUGAAGGAAAUCAAAUGAAUUAUAAUUCUAAUAAUUCCAAUAGGCAGACAAAUAACAAAGCCCUUCGGGUGCCUCAUUGUAAGUUAUGCGACAAAAAUCAUUACUUAAGAUUUUGUCAAAAAUUUUCAAACUUCUCUCAGCAGCAACGAAACGAUUUUGUCGCACAAAAUCAAAUGUGCAUUAACUGUUUAUCCCCAGUUCAUAAUGUUUCUGAGUGUACAAGUGUAAACAGAUGUGAUCAAUGUGGUAAUAAACAUCACAGCAUGUUACAUUUGAAUAAAAAUGAUAAUCAAAGUUCUCAAAAAAAGAUUACUAAGAAAAAUGCGUCGGUCGCUUUCCAUGCGGAUCCAAUAGAUAUAGAGAAUGAAGACGCUGAAGAAAGUACUGAGCUCUCAGGAAAUCCAUGUUGUUACAAAUCAACUACACAAGCAACUAACACUCAGACCCAUUUAACCGUUAAUCAGGAUGAUAUCUUACUUCCCACAGCGCUUGUUCAAAUUUUACACUGUGGUGAGCCAUUUACAGUCAGAGCACUGAUAGGUUCUGGUUCAAAAAGAUCAUUCCUGACUAGUAGAAUUUCAAAAAGGCUAAACCUGAUUACGGAAAAUGCAAAUUUCGAAAUCUGCGGAUUGGGUGGUACAGUAGUAGCUAAUGCUAAUAAAGUAAGUUCUAUUACUUUAUACAAUCAAAGGCAUGAAUUCAAGUUAACAACAAAAGUCAUACUUGUUUCCAAUUUGAAAAAUUUCAUGCCUAGCUGUUCAAUAGAAAUUUCUGAUCUCUCCGACAUCAGAGACUUAUGCUUAGCUGAUCCCAAUUUCUUAGUAUCUGCUCAAAUAGACAUGUUGCUAGGAAGUGACAUAAUUCCUCACAUCAUACUUGAUGGACUAAAGAAAAACGUUUUGGGUAAUUUAAUUGCUCAGAAUUCUAUUUAUGGCUGGUACAUUUACGAAAUUGCACACAAUUUCACUUACGGCCAUAGACAACUUACAAAGCGAAAAUGA